AUGGAGUUUGGGCUCGAGCUCAGGACGGUGCUCUUCAGGCAGAGCGCGCGCUACGUCGUCGCCGUCAUCGUCGUGGACGACGCGCAGAAGCGAGCCGCCUUCAUCUCGGAGCCGUCAUCGCCGUCCUGCUCCCCCGAGUGGUCCUUCCCUGGCGUCUGCGUCGCGUCGGGCGCGGGGGGCUGCGGGGUCACGCUUAGCUUCUGGAGGGACGCGCCCCCGGCUGGCGGUCCGCGCGGGCUUAUCGAGGUGCCGCCGCUGUGCUCGUGCAGCUUCCCGCUGUCGCGGGCCGAGGUUGGCGGCGCCCGCUCUGGCCGGGAGCUGCGCAGCUUCCCGCUCCUCGUCCGGGCAGAGGUCGGGGACAGCGUUCGGGGCGGACGGGCUCUGGGGUGA